GAAGUAUUAGAGUUGCGAAUCUAUAAUAUAAGUGACCAAGAUAUCUAGAUAUCGUAUCUUUUGAGGGAAAUAUAUGUAUAGGGGUAAGGGUCUGCAAUACGGAAAUUCGCAGUUACGUUUCUUAUCCAACAUCUCGGCCAUGAAGAAAGGAUUGGUGCUUGGUAUAUACGAAGCAGAAGAUGAAAACAACAUUUCAUUGACUCCUACGGCAAUUAACUAUGACGAACUAGUUAAAGGAAAACUGCGACAAAAUAUUUUUUUAGCAGGUCCAAAAAUUCCCAAAGGUCAUGCUAGAGUAUUUUGGGGUUUGGAUGAAAAAGAUUAUGCAGGAAUUGCAGUUGUUGGCCUCGGAAAAAAAAAAUCUGGCAUAAAUCAGCUUGAAGAAAUACAUGAAGGAAAGGAGAAUAUACGUAUAGCGGCAGCAGCUGGUUGCCGUGCAUUAGAUGCAGUUGAAAUAAAAGAUAUACAGUUAGAGGCUUUAGGAGAUGCAGAAGCUGCAGCAGAAGGAGCUGCAUUAUCAAUGUGGUUUUAUCAAGGAUUGAAAAAUAAGGAAAAACAAAAAAUACUUCCAAAAGUUUCAUUGUAUGGUCAAGAAGGAGAGGAACAGUGGCGAAUUGGAAGUAUUAAGGCUCAAGCUCAAAAUUGGGCGCGUCAUUUGGCAGAUACUCCAGCCAAUUUAAUGACACCUACAAUAUUUUCUACAGAAGUGCAUACAGUUCUUACUAAAUUAGGAAUUACUGUACAAAUUCACAAUGAAGAAUGGGCAGAACAGAAAAAAAUGGGUUCUUUUCUUAGUGUAUCACAUGGUAGUUGUGAACCACCAAAAUUCAUUGAAAUUCAUUACAAAAAUGCUGAUAAUAAUUCCCAACCAAUUGUCUUUAUUGGAAAAGGUGUCACUUUUGAUGCUGGCGGCAUUAGUCUUAAGCCUUCAGCUGAUAUGGAUGAAAUGCGUGCAGAUAUGAGUGGUGCUGCAUGUGUAGUAGCUGCUAUUCGAGCUGCUGCAGAACUUAAACUAAAAUUGAAUAUUAUUGGUUUGAUACCUCUAACUGAAAAUUUACCAUCUGGAACUGCAACUAAACCAGGAGAUGUUGUAAUUGCAAUGAAUGGAAAGAGUAUCAUUGUAGAUAACACAGAUGCAGAAGGUAGACUUAUUCUUGCAGAUGCCCUUUGUUAUGCUCAAGAAUUUAAUCCAAGUUUUAUCUUGGAUAUUGCAACGCUAACGGGUGCUAUGAGAAUUGCCUUAGGUGGAGCAGCAACUGGAGUUUUCACAAAUAAUAGCACAUUGUUUGAAAAAUUAAAAAAUGCGGGCACUCUUUCUGGUGAUAGAGUAUGGAGAUUUCCACUUUGGCAACAUUUUACGGAUGAAAUGACAAAAAAAGUUAAGUCAGCUGAUGUGAGAAAUGUUGCAAAAAUUAAAGGUGGAGGUUCAUGUACUGCAGCUGCAUUUUUACGCGAAUUCGUAUCGAAUAAUACUCCAUGGUUACACUUAGAUAUUGCAGGAGUAAUGGGUCCUGGACCUGAUAAGUUACCAUAUAUACCAGCGGGAAUGACAGGUCGUCCGACUCGUACGCUGAUCCAGUUUUUACAGGCAUUGUGUUAAAAUUGACAACUAUUUUAAGUUGUAUGGUGCAAGUUUAUCUAUUUUUAUAUAUAC